AAGGUAGGGUAGGGUAGGGUGGAAAGCCUGCUGGUCGGCAUUCAACGCUCGCGCAGCCCGGAAGGCUAGCGGAUUGUCCCGGAUGAUUGGAGGAACAAAAAGAAAAGAAAAUUAAAUCAAUCUUUUCCGUACUCAAACCGAUCAUUCCGACUGAUUAAAUAAGUUCCAUGACCCGGGGGUGAACAGGACGGCUUUUCCCACUGACUGGUUCAGCCGGAGCAGACUCGAGCCGUGCAGCAGGACUGAAAGAUGUGCGAUGGGAUGGCCACGCGUUCACACGCUCUGGUGAUCGUGGCACUGCAGCUGCUCGUCUUUCUCACCGCGCUACCCGCAGGCCAGGCCUCAGGUUGCUCCAGGCCAUCAGCAGUGCUUCAUGGUCGAGGAAACCUCACGGAGACGAACCGCGGCUUCUUCCCCGCAGGCACAGUGCUGCAGUACAGCUGCGAUUCAGGAUACACACUGAGCGGCGAAAGCGUCAUCACAUGCACCGCACCGGGACGCUGGUCCUCCGCCACUCCACACUGCCUCAAAAACGAUGUGUGUCGUCCUCCCAGUGAGCCGGAGAAUGGGGGUUAUAUGUGCCACCCCUCCCCUUGCCCCAGACUGAUUGAAGGCACAGUGAUCGAGUAUUUUUGUGAUGAAGGCUACACGCUGAAGGGAUACAGGUACCACACAUGCAGGAACGGAGACUGGGACUCGGCAGCACCCAUCAUCUGUCACCUGGGACAAGGAAAGGAAGAGCGCUCUACUCUGGGUAUGCCAGCUCUCUCGAUUGUGGCCUCCACUGCCAGCUCUGUGGCUCUCAUCCUGCUGCUGGUUGUCCUCUUUGUCCUUCUGCAGCCCAAACUCAAAUCCUUCCAUCACAGCAGGCGUGAGCAGGGUGUAUGUGGUCAGGCCGGCUCUAUGGUUGUUGAAGGAGUUCAGGUCUCCCUUCCAUCCUACGAGGAGGCGGUGUACGGCAGCGGUGGAGCAGCAGCUCCUCCCCCGGAGUCUCGAGUAAACAUUGUGCUCUCCGAGGGGCCACAGACUGAACCUCCAGCUUCAGAGCUCGGCCAAUCCAGACCCGAGCACAGUCUCCCCUCCACCUCCGCCUCUGCCUCCUCACGCUCCUGUCACGCCGAGACAGUGCUCGUUCACCAGGACCCCUCUUCCUCCUCUCCGUCCCCCUCCUCUUCCUCCACCACCUGGGUGUCGGAGCAGCGCGGGGCUGCGGCGGCGCGUAGGCCGAGCAGCACGAGCAGUGACCAGCGCAGCCUGCUCUCCCUCACCUCCGUAGAGGAAUAUGGAGACGAUAUUCCUCUGCUAAAGGAGGCCUGAGAGCAGCACGCAGCAUCCUCCUGUCUGCGGAUGAUGACCAGGACUGUGGCUUCUUAAACUCCUUAAGCUUUUUACCAAACCCUUCCCCCCCAUUGCUGCCGUACAGAAUGCAGGAGUAACCAAAUGCCUCUCGAUUGACCGCCCUUUCACCUCUCGACAAACUGUCUUUCUCUCUAUCGUGUCACUGUUAAACACCGCCAUCACACUCCCACCGUCUCCCUCCACCGACUGCUGUACAAUAUACAGGAUUAGGAAUAAAUGCUUCCUGAGUCUAACACAUCCAUACACACCCCUCCUCAACCAAACGAACCACCACCACCACCACCAAACAGAUCGUCCCAAGCGGUGUUCCUAAAAGCAGUUGCACUCGUAAAAGCCUUCAUCUUCUGAUAGCUGUCUAACCCACAAUGCGGUUUCUAUGUAAACGUCGGUCGAUCGGUGACCGAGGUUUACCGAAUCAGGUUCUUUUUUUUUUCUUUUCUUUUUUAAAUGCUGCAUGAUAUCUGUGCAUUUAGAGGUUUUUUGUUUUGUUUUUUGUUUUAACCCCAAAGUAGCGCACACGCACUAGAACACGCAUGCUGCACAGGACGGGACGAGUCGACAUACAGGGAUGAACUGGUUUACAUAGUACUGUAUACAAAGACAUGCUUGCCUUUCUUUUCGCUGCAAUCUGUGUGUGUGUGUGUGUGUGUGUGUGUGUGUGUGUGUGUGUGUGGUUUGACAGAAUGAAGAGGGCUGAAAUGAGUUGAUUUUUUUCUUUUAAGAGCAUUAGGAAUUUUUAUUUAUAAUUUUUUUUUUUUUAUCCUCCCAGAUAACCAGAUCAUAUCAUAAUCUUUAGGUUUGUUGCUUUUCAGAUGUCCUAAAUGAUUACAUUUGAAAUGUCCAGGGGUGGACAGAUCACUAGCUUAGACGCCAGUCCUUCAGGGGUAUUUUUGUUUUGUUUGUUUUUGUUUUUUUGUUUAGUUACCCAAAAAAAGGUAGAAAAAAUAGACACUUCCUGAACCCAGCACACCUCGAGGAGGGUUUGCAGGGUUCUUGUGAUGUGUCUUUCUGAACUGUAAAUCAUCCAAGAAUUUACUUUGUGCAAUAUAAUAGGAAUAUCGUAUCUUUUUUUUUUUCUUCAUCAAAUGAAGCACCGUUUUCAUCCGAUGUGUUCUAAAGAACACAAUAGCAACUUUAUGGGACACUGUCUUUCCAAACAUGUCUCCCCUUUUCUCUCUUUGCCACUUUAAAUUUUUUAAUUAAAUAAUUUUUUUUUUUUUUGCCAAUUAACCAAUCACAUGAUUUGUUGAGGCAAUAAUCACAUGAUCAUAUUUUUAUGUUAAUCUAAGUGUCCUACAGAAUGAAUUCGUACCGAAUAAUUUAUGUAAUAUUUAUAUUAUUUAUAUAUAAAAUAUAUAUUCUGUUUUAUGAGCAUUUUGUAGAGUUUAUUUGCAUUUGGCGUUUCCAAAAUUUUCCCACAAUCGGCGAAGGAAUCUCUGGAGGGAAACAUAGAUAAUAUAGUGUACUCACAGAUCAUUAAUCAGGAUUGUGGGUUUUUUCCCCAGAAUACACAAACACUUUGCAAAAAAGAAAAAAUAUUAUAUAUAUUUUAAGGCUGUCAAUUAAUUAAAAUAUCAAAUUGCGAUUGUCAUGAUUAAUUGCAACUUAAUCACACAUCUUUUAUCUGCCCUAAAUAUACCAUAAAUUAUUACUUUUUCAAGUUUUUAAUCUAAUCAACAUGCGCAUGGACAACUAUAGAGGCUUUAUGCAAAUGUAUGUUUAUUACUACUGAAACCGAACUCAACACCGAGCAUGACGACUAAAUAUCCUUGUAAAUUAUUCAUUAUUCAUUACAGUGAUUUAAAUGACGUAAAUCAUCAGGACAACGAACGAAACCUUUGCUAUGUUUCCACACGGACGGUUUUAAUUGCCGCACGUAGGCGACGUGGCUGAUUUUGGUGCGCGAUUUGUUUCUUUUUCUUUUGGUGUUAGUUUUUUUUUCAUAUCAGAAAGAAAGCCGUCACAAACAAAUGUUGCGUAAGGUUUUAAUUUCGCUUCUUUGAUAUUUAUUUAUAUUUUUAAUAAAAAUGGUCAUACAGAAAUGCGUUAAUAAAAUCGGUGUUGUUAAAAUUAAUUUGCGUGAACACGUUCAUUUUGGCAGCCCUUAAUUAAUUUAUAUAUAUAUAAAUACAUAUAUAAACAGAGACAAGAAGUAGAUGAUGGCAAAAAUCUUCGCGACAGACACGUAUAAAUACUCGUAUAAAUACUAAUGCUACCUAAAAGCCUGCAUUUUUUUCCCUGUAUGUUUUUUGGAACGUAAUUACGCCAACUUGCUGUUUAUUUCGAUCACAAAUCUUUUCAUCCUAAUUAAUUAAGUUUAAAGUUUAAUUGUAUGAUUUGUCCACCCCUUAACUAUAAAAGCUCUCGGUUGUGUGUGUGUGAUUAAUUAGUGAUCAUCAGACGAGUUUAUAACGUAGUGAUGAAACUAGUCAUUACAAAAUCAAACACACACACACACACACACACACACACACACACACACUAAUUAUUUGGGUUUGCCUGAUUUGCAUCAGGUAAGUAAAGGUUGUGUAUGUGUGAACAGAUGUUUUUUUUUUCUGCAAAAAGUCUCACGGAAGACAAAGCCGAGCUUUCGCCUUAAUAGACUUGUACAUUUCAUUAUUUUUGUAAUCCCGUUCCUUCCGUCUUCAGUCGUCCUUCGAGACUUUACCUUUUUAUUUCCUAUGCAUUAACAGUCUUACGGCUUUUUCAGAAGGUGUCGGGUUCUUUCUUUCUUUUUUUCCCCCUCAGACUCUUUUUUAUUUUUUCUCUUCAUCAUGGACUUUUGAUGUCUGAAGUUCAUCAGUUCUAUCAGUUGUUAAAAUCCUGGACAUCAUAGUUUUUCCAUCUCAUCCUACCCUUUUUUUUUUUUUCUUCUGUACAUUGCAGUGGGUGUGAAGAUAGUAUUUUAAUAUUUGUAUAAAGUUUAAUUUAAUUCUACAGUUUGUGUGUAUAUAACUAUUUCUAAUUAAAGCUUCCUUUUAAAGUGCAA